CAUGCCGACAGCGACGACGAAAACUGAUACGAUGUUGCCAAUGGCUUCGUCAUCCAGAACAAGCUUCUCGGUUCUCGACAUUCGAACAGCCAUCGCAAUGUUGCCUCCUCUUCCCAUUAUAAGAAGGCCACGGGGAGCCUCGAUCUGGAGAGACUCUUCACCAGCACAGAACAACAGUUUCUUCACCUCCAGUCAGUGAUCACAUCACUCCACUACCGAAAGCACAUACAAACCACAAGCAUCACGCUAGCAUCGCCAUUAUCUCAGCAAAUCAUCCAAAAUGGCAGCAGUCGAGUUCACCGUCUUCAAGGGCUCCGCCACCGGCGACAUUGUCGAGUCCCGCGGCAGCCGCACGCCCGGACCCACGGAGGUCUCGGUCAAGAUCACCCACUGCGGCGUCUGCGGCACCGACCAGCACUAUCGCCACGCCGAUCAGGGUCUGGGCCACGAGGGCGUGGGCACCAUUACCGAGCUGGGCUCCAUGGUCUCCACCAUCUCCGACUUCAAGGUCGGUGACCGCGUCCUGAUGGGCUGGUUCCAGCAGUUCUGCGGCCGCUGCAAGGGCUGCCUUACCGGCCGGCAGAACAUCUGCGACAAUUCGGUCGCGUUCGGCGAGGCCAACCAUGACCGGGGCGGCUUCGCCACCGCCACGACCUGGGACGUCUCGGCGCUCUACAAGAUCCCCGACGAGAUCGACUCGGAGCACGCAGGGCCGUUGGUCUGUGGCGGAGCCACCGUCUGGCAGGCGCUGUACGCGUACGGCGCCAAGGCCGGCGACCGCGUGGGCAUCAUGGGCGUUGGAGGCCUGGGACACCUGGCCAUCCAGUUCGCAGACAAGAUGGGCAUGGAGGCGGUGGUGCUGUCCUCGUCCGAGACCAAGAGAGACGAGGCGAUGAAGUUCGGCGCCUCCGAGUUCUACGUCACCAGCGGCGACCACGCGGACGUCGAGAAGCUCACGGGCGCCGGCAAGCUCGACUACAUGCUCCUCACGACCAGCGGGGUGCCCGACAAGUCGACCUACCUGCCCGUCCUCGGCUCGGGGCUGGCGAGCAGCCAGAACAUCAAGCAGAUGCUGAGGUUCGCGGCGAAGCGCGGGGUCAGGCCUCAGAUCGAAACGUUUCCCAUGAACCAGAAGGGCGUGUCGGACGCAAUGCAGAAGCUGCGGGAUGGCAAGAUGCGGUACCGUGGCGUCGUGGUCGUCGAGUAA